CAACAUAGACACCCCCAAGACUGCUGUCAUGAUUCAGGCAGAAGCUAUAGGAGGAAGGGACAAAGAGAUCACUGCUGUCCUUACAGACCCCAUGACUUCCAGGGAGGAGCUCCCCUCUUACCCAGCCUUGCCUGCCUUCUGCACAGGGUGGCCAACCAUGAGCAUCCACUUCAGUGAUGUUGCGAGGGACUCACAGCCUCCUGCCGCCCUACCAUCCCCACGUGGAGAGAGAGGUCAGGAAGGGGGCGAAAGAGUGAGACAGCUCCCCCAGAACAGGGGGAACCAGAGACACGCAGGAACCAGGGCGACCAAUAAUAAUGCAGACAAGAAAAAGACAAAGGCAGGGACAGAGAGAGACAGAGAAGCGUUAGGAAAAUACACAAAAAGGACAGAGAGGAGGGUUUUUUUUAACAAAACAAAAAAAUAAGAGCAAAAUAGAAAGGAUGAAGACUGAAAGGAAGUGAUGGAAGGAGCUGUGAGGACCAGACAGCCUGCCUCCCUGCCAGCUGCUGUCCACUGUGCCAUGGAGAAGGGGACACAGGGUUGGGGCCAUCAACUCCUGUUGUCCUUCCCUCCUUAGGUCCGGUCCUCAGACCUGCCUUCCAUCAGGAAAAACCAGGACACAAGCCCAGGGGCCUUUGGAGAAAGAGGCUCCAGAAGCUGACGGUUUCCAGCUGUGCUAGGAACAAACACACCCCAUCAUCCCUCCACUGCCAAGUGCCACCUGAGAUGUCCCAGCCCUGAUCUCCUACAGAAACGUGGUUUUUAGCUGCCAAGCAGUCCCUCCCAUCAGUCCUGUCCUUCUCAGAGAAGCCCUUUCCCUGUGCACUGUGUUCCACUCUGCAUCCGACACUCUGACACAUUUAAGGGCAUUCAGGUCUUUCUCUGGCAACCUUCAGGGCCAAACUGUACUUUCUACAUUUCAGAAAACCCAGAGAAUAAAGAGCAGAGGCCGUAAUCCUCUGGGAUGUCCUGGGAAUAUUUUAGCUGUUUCUCUGUCUUCCCUCACAAGGGCUUUGAGAGGAGCCCGGCACUGUCUCCCUCAUCUUCCAAAGAGAAAGUGCUUGGAGAAGCUGACCCCGCACAGUCCCAAGGCACUGGAGAGGGGCUUAGGCCUGGAUCACGGGGGCAGCCUGACCUCAAAUUCCUUCCACCUCUCACCCCAAAGUGAGAAGGCUUGAACCCAAAUCCAUAUCCUUUCAGCUAACAUAAGCCGUGGGCAGCUUGUCACCAUUUCCUAAAGUGUGCUCCUACACCAAGAAGGCAGGGUGGCUUUAGAGGAUAAACAGAGAGAAAAGGGAACUUUGCAGGACAGGGAUGAGACAGGAGUCAGAAAAUCUCCCCGAGGGCAAGCUGGGUUUCCCAGCUGCAUGGGGAGGAGCAAAGGGUCUUCAUGGGCAGACAUUCUGUGCUGAGACCCCCGUGUGUGGGGCCUAGGAAGACAGUGGGAUGGAUAGUAGAGGGAAGCCCACACUGGGCCAGGUGGGGCCAGGAGACAGGCACAGACAGAGCCCCGGCCUCUACUGGGCCUCUGGCCUGCUGCCUGGGCCCAGAGUGACUGCUUGCUGUGCCACACCCACUGGCUGCCAUGUUCACUCCCCAAAACCUGAAAUUUCCCCUUAAAACAGAGAUCAGAGAUGUGGGGACCACUCUGGCCAGCUGUUCCGGCUUAUGGGACCCUGGGGGGGCAGCCUACUUCACUCAUGGCUCCUGAGCUGCCCUUGAGGCUGAAACUCAGAGCAUCUUUGAGGACACCUGCUGUGUCUGAGCCAAAGAGGACAAAAUGCUCAAAAUACAGUAAAAGCCAGGGCCAGGACUCAAAGGGGCCUCACCCCCUGUUUGUAUGGACUGUCUCUGGGGUGCUUGUGUGCAGGAUUUCUGCAGAAGAUAGUCCAUUUUGUUAAGCCUUUGAAUAUUCAAAUUGAAAGUAUCGCGCAAUCAUUGAUUGUCAAAUCAUGGGUUUCUAGAGGUUUUAAAUACUUGGCAUGAGGGGGAAAAAACUCAAACCUAUACCCGAAGGUAUAAAACAUUAAUUCUGUUUGUCUCCUGCUCCAGGGACCUGGGUGCAGCCGGAUGCUUUGUGAAACUUUAAAAUGUUGCAUCUCUGCUUCUCUCCUGGCACAGGAGCCCUCCCAGGCGCUGAGUCCCCGCAGCUACAGCAUCCAGCCACCGCCCUGGCUCCUGCUGACCACGAUGUCGGAAAAACCGAAGGUGUAUCAAGGUGUCCGGGUGAAGGUCACGGUGAAGGAGCUGCUGCAGCAAAGGCGGGCACGCCAGGCGGCCUCAGGGGGAACCGUAAGCGGAGAAGAAUGACAAGCAGCUGUCCAGAAGCAGCAGCAUCCACCUUUCAGACCCCCUGGCACCGUCUUCUGCAGGACUGUAUUUUGAACCUGAACCAAUUUCUUCCACGCCCAAUUAUUUUCAUCCCCGAGAAUUUUCCAGUUGUGUUUCCUGUGAAGAAAACCCAAGCUGCCUGGACCAGAUCUUGGACUCUUACCUUCAGUCCGAGAUGCACCCUGAGCUCAGUUCCACACAGAGUGUUCUACACUGUUUCCCAGACAGCUUGCAGCCUUCCCCUUUCUGCUUUAACGAGAGCCUGGCACAAGUACUCAGCUGGGUCUGAGAUGACCCCAGGAUCAUCUUCCGAUUCCUCCACUCUCUCUGGCUCCUUAGACUACAGUUACUCACCAGCUCAACUGCCUACAUAUGCUCCGGAGAAUUACAAUUCUCUCCCUUUUCUGGACACCAGAAAUUGUGGCUACCCCUCAGAAGACUACUCCUCCCAUCCCCUGCCCUGGCCCAGCCAGCACAGCUGCUUCUCCUCAGCCACCGCCUCCGUCUGCUGCUGCGCUUCCUGUGAGGCAGAGCGCUUGGACACGCUGGGAGCAUCCGAGUACUUCCCCUGUCCCAGCACAGACUGUGUGGACUUCGCCCCCUCAGCAGCCACCACGAGUGAUUUCUACAAGAGGGAAGCAAACUGUGACAUCUGCUACAGUUAAUAGAAACCACAGUCCUUGGAACAUAGGAAGGGGGUAUCUGUUUUUCACCCACAUCUAGAUGACAGCUCAAAAUAUGCAGCCCAUUAACAAAUAUCACAAGCACAGUUUACAUGUCACCACUUCCCAUUUUCUGAUGCUAACUUAGGCAUAAAGACAAGGUCCUCAGACCUGGUCACAGCAUCCCUCCUAUUCUGUAUGCUCACCAUUAACAUUUUUAUAGGAACUUUCACUUGUUUUAUUUUUCUGUGUAACGA